GAGUUAAUUCAAUUAAAUCUACAUUAUCUCUUGAGUUCCAGAGGGAAUUUCGAAAUAACCGAGUCUAAGAUAGCGAAGUUCAACUGUGUUAUAAUAGGAAGAAAACUCUGUAAACAUGAAGGACAUUCCGUGAAAUGUGCUCGUUAGAAUGGAGCAUGUGUGACCGUAUUUUGGGCGUUGAAUAGAGUUCCUGUUACUCCGAUUUCAAAACUGUUUUAUGUUUUCAAGGCGAAACACCAGAAACAAAGGCAUAGAAUGAUCUGAGACAUAUUGAAAAGGAAAAGGCGGACACGAAGCUGGUUGAAACAGGCAUUAAAUUCUACUCUAGUGCGUUCACGAUAGCCGUCCAGUUUCAGAAAGGGGACGAACAUGCAUGACUUCAAAUAUAGCGGAAUCCGACCUCGAUAAUCUUUGAAACUUUGGACUCCUUAUCAUCGAACUAGGAGCUUUUAUUGAUCAAAUUUGAGGAAUGCAACUGUUUUCACUGCUUAGAAAAGCGCAGUCGCGUUUUGUGACUUACCACACAUAGAAAUAAUAGAAUAAAUAAUAAAAAUAAAUGAUAUUUUAGUAAAUAAAGUGUAAGGCUAUUUCCAAGAUCCUUUUGCCUUCGUUAAAGGAGUGUAGUUACCGAAACCUUCUGCCGAUAUUUUCAUUUUGUCUAAUGCAGAUCAAAUACAGCCUUUUUCGUUUGUUUUGACCCCGAUACGAGCGCGGAGCGCGAUCACGAGCGCGAGGCGCGAGACGAAAAAACUCGAGACGAAAAACAUCGUCUGAGAGUGAACGGAAAUGGUAACUGUACGCAUAUAUUUUUGGCGGUAACAACGGCGUGACUUAAGUAUUUGCUCACGGAAGCGCGGAGAUAGCUAGCAGGUUUAGAUCUUCCGAAGAAUCGAGGAAAAAGUGAAUGCUGGCCUGGAUAAAUGUAACGCAAGUAUCUUGUUGCAAGGAGAUUUGUGAUGGCCAAUUUUCUGGAGAUACACUUAACAGACUCUUCAUCUCAGAUGGUGUCACCAGUGAUGUCACUGUUGGAAAUAAAGGUGAAGUGUUCAUGCCAAACACCAUAGAAAUGGCAGUUAUCAAGAAACCCGAGAAAAAACAGUUUAAAAGUGCCCUAGCUGGCAACGGCAUUCAUUUUUCCUCAGAGAUGUCAGAAGAAGCUGUAAAGAAAAAACUGCAGGAUGAAUUUGAUAUUUUAAAAAGCUGCAGAUUUUGCUGUGCCUCAGCAGCUGACAAUCGAACAAGGUUAAACUUCCAUGGUGAACAACGAGUAUGGGAUGGACAAUGUAUAAUGAGGAAUGUCAAAGGAAAUUCCGCUUUGUAUCUUCUUAUAGAGCAUGAGGGAACUCCUAGGGAGCCACAACCGUCAACCAGUGGACUGACUUACCAACAAAUGUUCGCACCUUCAGGUGCAUCUUCAAAAGCUUGCAUUGUGCCAGACAUUUCAGAUAUGUUUGCCUCAAAUCCAGCAAGUCAACAGAGAAAGGCUGCUGGGAAAAGAAAGAUUGAAAUAACUGCAAAGGAGGAAAAAAGUUGUUCGUCUUCAGUGAAGCAGCAAAAAAAAGACUUCAUGUAUGUACAACAGAUGCAGCCUAUGUUUGGAGUCGUGCAACCAGCUGCAGCAACGCAAAUUAGCAGUAGAAUAGUCUCACAGCAAACAGGGAAUCAAGUUGAUUCAACAACCCCUGCUCAGUUUCAGUAUUCAAGAAAUAAUACUACAACAUUGGGAGAAUUGCCACAGCAAACCUUGCCAACUUCAGUGGUACAAAACAUCCCACCUCCACAUGGACAUUUAGCAGGAUCUGACAUUCGAGAAAAUGGUGUGCAGGUCUCUCAGCAGCCGUCAUCUAAACAAAUUAUCAUGAUGGCAGCACAGGGAAGUUCACAGCAGCAUCGUCUUUCAGCUGCAGUGGUAGAGCAAAAAAAAAAUUGUAAACCACCAGUGCAAAGAAGACAACUGGAAAAGCAGUCUUAUCUCAGCAUAAGUGUGCCAGUUGCUUCCUUGCAAGGUUCAUCACAGCCCUGUCUUCCUUUACAACCAUCUGUAGUUCCAGGGAAACAAGCUGCACAAGACUCAGUGAAGCCAGUUUCCAUGGCAUCAGGAAGUCAACAGAGGGAGUUGAUUGAUCAAACUUCAGUACAGGAAUGCACUUGGCAGCAGGUUCCUUCAGCAACAGCAGCAGCAGCAGCAGUAGCAGUAGCACACAAAAAUGUUCCAGUUCCAACCUUCAUACGGGAAACAACAUUGCCAUCUACAGAGAAGCUGUCAGUGAAUGAAAGGAAAAGAGAAAGGCACCCUCAUGCUCACAAUCACCAAGAAAAUUUAGAUCAGCUGCUUUCGGAUAUUUUGUCUAGUGACGAUAAUGUAGACCUUGGGUAUAAUUCAACCUGCCCAGAAGAAAGCACCAAGUCUGAUUUUGACACUGGGCAGUCUGAAGAUACUGUUCCAGUUACUGAAAUAAUUCCUUGUAAAGGAUCCACAAAGGGUGGAGAACGGUUCUGUAUCAUCUCACCGCACAUGAUUCCCUUAAACAUUCACUCAUGUGUGGCUCAUUUUGAAGGUUGUGGAAAAGUGCCCUUAAAGCCAAAAAGCCUUUCUACCUUGACGGGUAGUACUCCAAAAUCCCUGCAGGGUCCUGGUCCAGUAAAGGUCACACUGACAUCUUUAGAUGGUUCAUGGAAGGGUGGUGAAGUUGUAUUUGAAUAUAUUGAUGACCCACCCACAGAUGAAGAAGUUCUUAGAAUGUUAGUCAAGGACAGGGACAGGCAGCGUAAGCUGUUUGAUAUGAUAGAUAAAGAACUGAGUAGCAGCAAACCAAGUGAGGCACAGACAUCAGAUUCUUCUGGUAAAACAGGGCCAGGAUCAUCAAGCUUAAAUCAGAGUGAACAUGCUUGGUCAGUUGAACUGUUACAGUCGCUGGUGUACAAAGCAGCAGAAAUAGAUGGUUGGGAAUUUAUUCAAAUGAUCUUCAGCACGUCAGCUGGAAAAGUUGUCUUUAACAGUUACAGGAAUAGUGCUACAUUACCAGAAGAUGUUGCAAGAGCUAAUGGUCAUCUAACCUUGGCUAAUUACCUACAGAAUGUGAAUAGCAGGUUGUCAAAUGAGAGCAACAGUGAUGCAGGGACAGAAGGCAUUGACUGGUUAGAACUGAAGCUUGCUGUGGAUGAGGAGCAGAGUCUGACUUCAGGCACUGACGAUGCACAGAUUUUAAAGAAAUGCCAACCUGCAGGGUACCUAGAAAGUGAUGAUGAUGAGAGAGACUACUUUGCAGAUGAUGAAAUAUCACCUUUCUCAUCUCCGUCUCACAACAAUGUGUGUGGUUCAGAAAAUGAAGACCACGGUCAAAAUUUAAAGGUGACAGAAUCCAGUUGUGAAGAAGAGGUAAAUAAAGAGGAUAAUCUUCCAAUGGAAAGCAGUGAUUCAUCUGAGUUUCCUUUGUACCUGGUUAGAAAUCAGCUUGACGUCAUUCCCUCUAUGAAGGCUGAAAAUGCUGGGCACAAGCACAAACAGCUAGACUCUGAUGAUGUAGAGUCACACAGCAGUGGAGAUGACAUCACUGAAAAAGAGUAUGAGAGUACAGUCCUGUGUUGUGGUGAAGUGGAGAAUUGGGACACUUUUGGAAGUGAAGUGAUACCUGCACUUGAAGAAGCCUCUACAGGAACCACAAGCCCACAUACUGCAACACAUAAUGUUGUGGUAACUAUUGGCAGUGAGAGUGGCCUUGAUGGAGAUCAGAAAGAAUUGAGGAUGAUAGAUAAAGAUGAAAAUUCUAGAAGCAGAGAUCGUGAACUUGAACAAAGAACAGAAGGACAAAGAGCGCAACUAGCGUAUGAAAAGGCUCUACAAACUAGAUUUGUAAAUGUUUACCGUGGUCGCAUAUUUCUAAUUGGUCAGGAGCGUGCUGGUAAAACCAGUCUAAAGAGGAACCUCUUAGGCCUGCUAUUUAACCCUGAAGAACAGAGUACUGAGGGAAUUGAAGUAGAUGCUUCAGCAUUUCAUAUUGGCGUUGACCAAGUUAAGAACUGGCAUUGCACCUAUGAGAACAAACCGGCACUGCUAGAAUUGUCUAAAGAUACAUCAAGGAAAGUGGUAGAGAAACCAUAUGACAGAACAAUGGAAUUGGGGAAGGGAAAUUCUGCAGCAGCAACAAAAGCAGAUGCAGUGGCAAGAGAAGACCAUUUUAGAGGAGAAAAGGGAGGAUUGUCUAAAGAAAUGUCUUUUGGGAAUUGUGACAAAAAAAUGGACUUGGAAUUUAGUGGUGACAAAAAUCAUCCUAACAAGCAACAGGGUAAGGAGAUAACAGAUGAUAUCACAAAACGUGUUCAAUAUGCUGUUCGUCAGUUGCUAAAUAAUGUUGGAGGUGAGCAUGUUGAUUGUGAUAUCACUGAGGAAGAAUCUGUUGUGGCUGUGGAUUUGUGGGAUUUUGCUGGAGAACACCUGUACUAUGCCAGUCAUCCUAUGUUCUUAUCAUCACGUGCGGUGUACAUUUUGGUACACAACCUCAGCAAGCCAUUACAAGCCCCAGCUCAGCCUUGUGUUAAACAAGGAACUUCUGAUACUUAUUUGGCAAACCCAAACAAUGAAACAAAUCUGGACAAUUUGCUAUCUUGGCUUGUUACAGUUCAUGGCAUAGCACAAGUGAAAAACGAAACAGAUAUUGGUGCUCAAAGUCUGCCCUAUCUGCGUCCUCCAGUGUUCAUUGUAGGCACACAUGCUGAGCAACCAGUUGAAGACAUCGCAGUGAUGGAAUCACAAAUAAAGGCGAGAAUUUCUGGUGCAGAAUAUGAGAAGCAUGUGAUCCAACCACUCUUCAGCAUUGAUAACACAUGCUCAAACGUGUGGAAUAGGAUGAAGAGAUGUUUAAGUCAGGGUCUAAAGAAACAAAAUCAUCAAACAGAGCAAGAGGGGAACACAGAUGACAUUCAAGAACUGCGAAAAAAAAUCAUGGAGGUGUUGAGACAGGAGCCAUAUAUGGGGCAGAAGAUACCAGUCAGAUGGUUUCUGUUUGAAAAGGUGAUUGAAACUUUGAUAGCUAAUCAAAUCUAUCACAGAAGUCUGAAGCAACUCCAAAGCUUUGGCAAAAAGCAUUGCUUUAUAGAAGAUGCUGAUGAGUUUGCCGGUAUGAUCAGUUUUUACCAUGGCCUUGGUAUGAUUAUCAAGCAUCGCAGUACAGUUGUUCUGAAGGCUCAGUGGCUCAUUGACCUAUUUCGGCAGUUGACGACUAUUCCAAACUUAGAUCAAAUGGAUCCUAUUCACUACAAGUACUGGCUUGAGCUAGAAGCAAAUGGCAUCCUCUGCACGGAACUCAUUGAUCAUGUCUUUUCCAAGUUUAUUCAACAACGCAUUAUCAAAGAUGACAUCUUAGACAUGAUGGAGCAGUUUGGUCUGAUUGCCAAGUUCUCACCCUCUCCGACUGACGUAAAGUACUUUGUACCAGCUCAGCUUAAAUCAUCGCCUGAAGAUUUUUGUCAAAUAGAGCCAUCCCACACUGAUCCAUGCCCUUUGUAUAUUCAUUUUGUACAUGGCUUUGUCCCUCUUGGCCUGUUCUCACAGCUUGUUUCACGAUCUAUUCGUUGGUGUUGUAAGAAGACUUGGCCCAUGGAGCACUCCAAGCUGUACCAAAAUGGAGCUUGGUUUUUUAUUGGGAAGCAAGUCCAUAAUUUCAUUCUUAUCUGCAAGAAGAGUUUCAUCAAGAUUGUCUUAACGCAAUGUACAAUGCAAAGUUAUCCACUUUCAGCAGAGAAGUCAGAAGACGUAGCUACACAAGUACUUGAGUAUCUAAAAGAAACUUUACAGACCUUGUCACAGGAGCUGCCACACAUGAGUGGACUGCAGUAUGAGUUUUGUGUAGCCUGUCCAUACUGUAAUAAAGGGACAGACGGGGUUGGGCAAGGGUGCCCUAAGCAUGGAAAAUUGUCAUGUGAAGAUGAGGAGUGCUUCCACCUCCUUGGAAUGAAAGAUGAUCAACCCUUGAUCUGUACAAGGAAGGUCUGUGACAAACAACACACUGUCCACGGACUGGAGAAAUGGUUCUUUAAGGGAACAAGCCAGGACUUGUCUCCAUCAACCGUAGUUUCCACAUCACAAGGUGCACCAGCACAGGAGUCUGACCUAACGUUAGGAGUGACUGUGUUGGCCAGUGGGUGGAGUUCAUCUAAGAGAGGCUUGCCAACCGUAAACAGAGAGCUUGCCAUGCAGUUAGCUAAACACGAUCAAGUAGAAGUUACCAUCCUUGUCCCAGAGUCUGUCUGUACUGAAGAAGAGAAAAGGUUUGCUAGGAGCCGCAACAUUUCCAUUAGAGAAGCAGAGAGACGUCCAGGUUACGAUCCCCUUGACUGGCUGAGUUUCCCACCAAGAGACCUUGCCAUUGACAUUGUAGUGGGCUGUGGAGUGAAGCUUGGUAAACAGGCCCAGGUCAUUAGAGUGUCACACAGAUGUAAGUGGGUUCAAGUAGUUGAUACUGAGCCUGAAGAACUCGGAAUGUACAAAAGCUAUCCUGGGGCCGUUUCCAGUGGUGAAGAGAAGACCAUAUCGGUCGUAGACUUGUGUAAAUUGGCAGAUGCCAUUGCAACAGUUGGACGCAAGAUGAAGGAGGCAUACUCUUCCUCCCUGUACGAGUGCAAGAAACACCAAGAUAUCAUUCAGCUGACUCCUGGCACGUUCGGUGAAUUUUCGGACGUAACGCAAGCAACAAACGGCGGUGGCAAGUUUAAGGUGUUGGCCUUUGGCCGUGGUGAUCCUGAGGACUUCUGUCUCAAGGGAUACGACAUUGCUGCUAAAGCAAUAGCUGAACUGAAAGACAACUCGUACUGUCUAAUUUUUGUUGGUGCACCUGAUGGAAAACAAGAAGCAGUUGCUAAAAACUUGAUUGAGAGUGGUAUUUCUCGACGCCAGCUGUAUGUCAGAAAAUUUAAUCAAAGGAAGGAAAGAAUGAAAGAGUUGUUUUGUGAAGUUGACCUUGCCAUCAUGCCAUCCAGGACAGAAGGAUUUGGACUAGUUGCUCUGGAAGCCUUGUCUGCUGGUCUUCCAAUUCUUGUGAGUGGAGACUCGGGUUUUGGAUGUGCACUGCGCACUCUACCAUCAGGCAACUCAGUUGUGGUAGACUCUGAGGAACCUAAAGAUUGGGCAAGGGCAAGUGCUGGUGUCCGUCAGAAAGACAGAACAGAGCGCCUUCAAGAGAUUGAAAAGUUGCGGAAGUGUUAUGAAGAGAAAUUCAGCUGGGAGAAACAGUGUGAAGCCCUUGUUGAGAUGAUGCAGAGAAUCGUUCGUGAACCUACAGAGAAAUCAGUUUGCCAGCUUUCUGAUCACGCACCACGGAACAACGCUGGCAUUCCCACUGAAAGGCUUCUUAAAACCCUCCCAAGGAAGGAAAGGGAACCCACGAUCACAGACUUUGGUUUGGAUCCAAAGAAGCUUGGACGGACGGACGUUGCAGACAAAAUUGUGAAACACUUUUGACCAUCAGAAGAUCAUAAAGGUUACUUCCACCAGCAAGAAUUCAGAAUGUUCAAACUGAAUGUGAUGCCGACAAUCCGACUUGAGAGUUGCUUAUCGCGAAAACAAAGUGUCAUCAGAGAGUUAAGACAAAUUCUUGAGAGGGAAGGGAAGACUGAGCGUGCAAAGAAAUUCAAGAAAGCGAUUCAGUGCUACAGCUCAAGUUCUAGAUGAAAGAUGUUUCAUUUAUUUGGUUUUUGGUUUUUCUUUUUCCCUAGUUGUGUCCUUUUCGAGUUAGUUUCUAUCUGAUGGAAGAUAGCUCCGAUUUAAUAACAUUUUAUGCAGUGCUAAAUAGAGAUUAUGUCUUUUUAGCUGUUAGCCUGAACGUAGAGUAAUUAUAGUUGUUAAACACGAUACAAUGUGAGCUAAAAUUUCCGAAAGGUAUGCUCAAUACUGCUAUAGACCUUUCCCGUAUUCCACUUCACUGCAUGCUAUAAGUAGUACCCAAACGACGUUGGUGUGGACAAUUUCAUUCAUUUCUUGUUUUUUUAUCUCCCCCCAACCCGAUCACGGCUUAGCGCCACUGUUGGAAUGCGGGAAAGUUCUGUUGAAUCUUGUUCAAGUAAUAAGCAGUCGUAUAUUUCUUAUACACAUUUCCUUUUUAUCUCUGCAGCUCGAUAGAAACGGGUAAAUUAAAUUCCCUCAGCCUGGUUUGUCUCUAAAAACGAUUUAAACUGAUUCGGAGGUCUUUUUCCUUCUAGAUUUAGUGGGAAGGACAAAAUCACUUUUAAUAUACAAAAAAGCCAAAGUGUAUAGUAUAUUAAGAGGGACUUAAAUACUGUCCCACAUUGCGCGUUCGUGAAUACGGAAAUUAAACGCCUUUAGCGGGCCCAGUUCGGACGUCGUGCUUCUGCCGUGCCGAAAUUAGGUUUGACUGUAGCACUACAGAAACACGACUCUGUUUCAGACGUCGUGUCAGAGUCGUACCAAAUUUAGAAAAUACUGAAGCUUCGUAACAGUUCUCCUCGUAACUUCCCGCUGGAACUCAAUUCCCCAAAAUACAUUAAUUCAUUUAUGAAUUUUGUUUGGCACGGCAGAUGCACGGCGUUUCAAUCCAGCGUCGUGUAGCACGGCAGAGCUUGUCGAACUUAAUUGCUUGCCGAACUCAAAAGUUCAAACUUCAAACGAACUUCCUAAGUUUGAUUUAGACGCCGUACUUCUGCCGUACUUUUGUCGAACUUGAUUGCUGAAUUUAGUUCAGCACGGCAGAAGCACGAUGUCUGAACUGGGCCUACGCGAGGAUUUUUCCUGAAGUAACUUGGAAAAGGAAAAUCAUUUUUCUGGGAGGGAGGGCGUUAGUUGCACUUUAAUUUGCCCGUAAAUAGAUAUUUUGAGUUUAUAGCCUGCUAGGUUAUAAGAAAUGAAUGUAGUCAAUGAAAUAGUGAAGCUGUUGAUAGCGUUCGUGCAAAAGAAAUUGUACGACAAGGUUUUAGUUUUCCUAACCAAGGUUGUAAAUUUUAAACUUUUUAAGCAAUGGCGCGAUAGACUUCUCGCUUUCUUGUCAUUAUUCUUUACCAUUAAUCACUUUUAAAGCGUCCGAUUGGACGACUCUUUUUAGUGACUGGUGCUGUGCCAUUGCAAGAGAGGAUCAUAAGUAAGAACUUUUAUUUAAGUGUCAAUGUAUUUAGCCCAUGUGGACUAACUGGGGACACUGUAUUAACUCUACCUAAAAAAUUUCAUUAAUAAUCUCUUAGUUUACAGAUGUGUUGUAUCAAAGGUAAAAUUCGAUUAAGUACAGUUCGCACACAAGACAACAUAAUACUUUUAUCGGAAAGCUGUAAUUCGGUACUUGAGCUGUUCACCCUCCAUUUAGUCAAAUAAGCUGCGGAUUCGAAGAAUUUGUUACUGAUAUAAUUAGCCUAGCGCACUUUGAAGUCAGGAUAACUGUAAUAUAAUGCAUGUGAAAACAAGGGAUCAACGCAAACUAGGGGUUGACACAUACCGGCAUAAUUUCGAACAUAAUACUAUAUGUGGAGCAUCGAGCAUAAUGCCGGCAUAAUAGUGCAUUUUGCC